AUGAGCCGAACUGGCUUCUUAAUUUGGUAUUGGAAAGAUGAUUCAGGAAAGAACAUGAGACACCUGAUAUGCGACUUUUUGAAAGGACCAGCACAUGUCCAACAUCUUAUUGUUAAUGGUUGUGGAGGAGCGUUUUUGCAUCCCACUCAUGUGUUCAGUGACUUUUCAAAGUUUUAUGGUCCUUCCUAUGAAACUAAAUCUGCCUACCCUUCUUUUCAUGAUUCAAGCAGGGUAAAGUUUUUCAUGUUUCUUGGGUUCCUCUUGUCGUCUUAUCACUGGUUUUCUUUGCAUUCAGAGACAUUAUGUUCAGGAAAUAUCUUGAAGUUCAGGAAAAAGAAUUGGCAAUUUGAUUUCAUUGGUGGUAUCAUAUACUUUCUCUUGGUCUUUUCCUUGUUUCCUCAGGUGCGGUUUUACUCAGCUUUUGACUUUCUUCAACUCGGUCUUGAAUACUCACUUGCUCACAAGAAUAUCCUUAUCUUCAUUCAUUGUUGGUUUCAGUGUAAGCUAGGUCACAUCUUACGAUGUGAUUCGUUUUCUGGCCACUUGGGGAGUUUCUUUGGAACAGUUUGGAGCGCCUUUGUGUACAUAACAGAGCAGUCAUAUGUGUCUUUCACCAGUGUUGUUAUGUUGCUAAUAACUGCAAUUAUGUUUGUUCCCUCAAAAAUAUCUCGGAAGAAACGACUUGUAAUCGGAAUUCUUCAUGUUGCUGCACACCUGACGGCUGCUUUGAUUCUUAUGUUGUUGUUGGAACUCGGCAUAGAAAUCUGCAUUCAGCAUAGCAUCCUUGCGACUUCCGGAUAUCAUACAUUGUAUCAAUGGUACAAAUCGGUAGAAGACGAGCACUUUCCUGACCCCAUUGGCCUUCGUGUCCGUAUGGAACAAUGGACAUAUGGGUUGUAUCCUGCCUGCAUUAAGUAUCUUAUGUCAGCAUUUGAUAUUCCUGAGGUGAUGGCGGUUACACGGACUAACAUUUGCCGAGAAGGAAUGGAGUCGCUUUCUCGAAGUGGAGCAGCCAUAUAUUAUGCUUCUGUCUUCCUCUACUCUUGGUUACUUAUAUAUCUCCAUCAACUGGCUCCACAUACACUUUUUGAUGAAGCAUUCUCUUCGCUUCGGAUCGCCAAUUACAAAUCAUUCACCCGUUUCCACAUUAAACCUGAUGGAGACCUUGAAGUCUUCACUCUCGGAGUAGAUAAGGUGCCAAAGGAAUGGAAGCUAGACAAGGACUGGGAUUCAGAGCCAAAACCGACGGUGAAGAUGAGUCACCACAGAAGGUUUCCAAGCAAAUGGUGUGCAACAACAUUGCAACAGGAUCCUAUCAACACGGUAAAGAUCGUCGAUCGUUUUGUUAUUAGUAGAUCAGAGAAAGAAACUACUGGAGGAUCUUAG